GUUAUUUCCAACAGUAUGAAAUCUCAGAUCUUACACACGCUUUUCAUAUUUGCUCGUGUGCCAACCUGAGGAUGUGUAUGGCUCUACACGCUUGUGAAAUUAGAAAACUUUCCUGAUAAGUAUAUUAUCUGGAUUCAGAUCUAACAAACAUUCACAACAUGGCCCACUCGGUGAACGUCUCCGAUCAGACAUGCAUACGCCACGUUGGCACGUAAGGGUUGCGUGUGUUUAGGGCUUGAAGAAUGAGAAAAAGACUAAUAUAAACCUCAAUAACCUCAAAUGACCAAAAUACCCUCAUCAAAAUCCAACCUUGUAAAAUCCGGUCAAACCCCCACAUUGCAAACGGUAAUGUGUAAUAGAGAGAGAAGCUGAUGUAGUCUUCCCUCAGAUUUUGGCGGGAAACGUGGAUUCAAUCUCAAAAAACAGUUACAAAAUAACUGUCACUCCCACCACAAAAAAACAAAAAAAUACAAGAGAGAGAGAGAGAGAGAGAGAGAGAGAGAGAGAUGGCACAUGCAAACCGAGAAGAAGAGAUUCAGGAAUCCAAAGAAAACGAGAUGAAAUCUACGACGAGCACUUCCUCGAUGACGACAGUCUCGUUCAAAUUCAAUGCCCAGGCGCCGGAAUUUGUCCCGAGGACACAGACCCAGAUGCCCAUUUCGGGCUACUUCUAUCCAUGCUUCCAUUUCAUCGGCGGCGGAUCAGAUUGGUUUUAUGUCGGGGAGCAAGAACCUGUCCAGCUGAUUGCCAAUUCGAGCAUCGGGGAACCCCAAUCUUCAAAGAAUUUCCUCAGCAACGAUCUAAAGCAGAAGAUUAUAAAACAGGCAGAAUAUCAAUUCAGCGAUGCGAGUUUGAUUGCAAAUGAGUCAGUGACAAAGCUUAUAAACAAAGAUGCCGAAGGCUACGUUCCCAUAUCAUUCAUUGCAUCUUCAAAGAAAAUGAAGUCCCUCAUCAGUAACAAUCAGAUGUUGGCAACAGCACUUCGGGGAUCUUCGAAGCUUGUCGUGAGUGAUGACGGGAAGAAAGUAAGACGGAAAAACCUCUUCACUGAUAGAGAUAAAGAAGAAUUGCAGUCUCGUAUCGUUGUGGUUGAAAACUUGCCCGAGGACUAUUCUCACCAAAACAUUGAAAAAAUAUUCGGCGUCAUUGGAAGCGUGAAGACCAUCCGAAUAUGCCAUCCUCAGGAAUCCAAUGCUUCAAGAUCGUCUAAAGGCGAUGUGCUUAUCAGUAACAAGUUGCACGCUCUUGUGGAGUAUGAGACAAUCGAGCAGGCGGAGAAAGCGGUUGAAAAGCUUAAUGACGAACGGAACUGGCGGAAAGGCCUCCGUGUUAGACUGCUGCUUAGACGCUCGCCGAGGUCCGUUAUAAGGAACAGAAAGUCAGAAUACGACCAUUUCGAUGGGCAUUCUGAAGACGAUGAGGUACCUCCACUGCCAUCCGAAGCAUUGGAGGACACCCCACGCCAAACCAACGAACAACCAUCAUCUGAGAACAAUGCCGAUGAUAGCACAAGCAGUUCAAAAAGAGGGUGGGCUCGAGGCCGUGGUAAGUCCCGCGGGCGUGGCCAGAAUCACAAUGGCCGUGGGCUCCUCGCUUCAUCCCCUCAACCAAGCAACCUCAUCCAGUUGGAAGCAUCAAGCAAGCAGACAACCAGGGGGCCAAGAAUGCCAGAUGGGACACGUGGUUUCACCAUGGGCCGCGGGAAGCCGGUGGGCCCUGCUUUAUCUCAUUCACCUGUAGACUGAUGGGGUCCAGAUGCUUCAAAAUCGGUUCUUCAGACAGCAACUUCGUAAUGGCUAUCAGGCCAUCGAAUCUAUAAGUAAUUCUAGAUGUAUACUAUCUAUGUAGAUGUUCGAGACAAAUUUUGGUCCCUUGAUCACUAUUUUCUUUUUCAAAAUCUUCUUUGGCCAAUUAAAAUCUAGCUAAUAACUUAUUUUUGAGUUAUUCUUCUUUCUUCUUUUUUGCUAUUAAUAAGGUGAGAUGUACAAUUUCUCACACUCAUGUACACAAUAAAGAUUUUUCAUUCAUCAAUCACUGUU